GAAAAACUUGUAUGCACACGUGGAAGCCGUCAGCCCAAUUUCUCAAACCUUUUCUUCUCCGCUCGUCGAUCACUGUUCUCGUUUCAUCCUUGCUCCACUCCAUUUCGAAGCUCUCCAUAAUCUGGAACAACAGGUCUGGUGAUGGUUAUACAGAAAACAAGAAGUUUAGAAAGAAAGGGCAAUCUAUCAGUCAGCUAAAUACGAACUAAUCAAUGAAGAUGAACAAUAGCGUAGUCUCUGCUUUUGCUAAUGCUCCUGCCACUGAUGAAGUGAAAGAAAAGAAAGCUUCAAAUAGCAUCUCUGGUUUUAUUUUCCUGUGUAAUGGAAGGACAAAACCAGAGUGUUACCGGUAUCGUGUUUUUGGGCUCCCGUUGAGUAAGACGGCUACUGUGGAGAAGAUUAAAACAGGCACAAAGCUUUUCUUGUUUGACUUUGAGUCAAAGCAUUUGUAUGGUGUUUACGAGGCAACUUCCAAUGGAAGAGUAGGGGUGGAGCCUCUUGCUUUUGGAGGCAAAUUUCCAGCGCAGGUACAAUUUAGAAUUUAUAAGGGAUGUCUUCCAUUGCAUGAGACAUCUUUCAAACAUGCGAUAAAAGAUAACUACAAGGGCAUCAAGUUUGAACAAGAACUUGAUGAACAGCAAGUCAGUAAUCUCUUAUCAUUGUUUCGGCCUCUUUCUGCAUCAUCGUCAUCACCUGUGCCCAAUCCAUUGGCAAAUACUUGCUCACCUUUGCCAAAUAUGGGCCCUCCACAUGUCAUUCACCCCUUGGCAAUGAAACAGCAAGUUAAGCACUCAAUAAAGCUACCCAUUGGGGAAGAUCCAUAUUUUCCCAAAAUUCACCAAGGCUAUGUUCAAAACAUCCAAAGUUCACAGCAUAGGUGGCAGGGGAGCAUGCCUAUCACAGAUCGUGUCCAUUUAGCCAUUGAACAUCCAGGAUUUGCUGCUCCCAGUGGCCAGUAUUAUACUGCAUAUUCUCAACAACAACAUGUUACAGCUUCCUAUUAUCCGAACUAUACUGCAAAACCAAAUGUCACAGCUCCCAUUCACCAGUAUUACACUGCAGACGUUCAACAACCAAAUAUUGCGGCUCCUAGUCACCCAUAUCAUACUACAGAUUCUCAACAACAAAAUGUCAAUAUUUCCGGUUACCCAUAUUAUAUGGGAGGUUUUCAACAACUAGGUCAUACAACUUCAUGUCACCCAUAUUAUACAGCAGAUUCUCAACAACUAAAUGCUACAGCUCCUAGUCAUCAAUAUUAUCCUACAGAUUCUAUAAAACAAACUGUUGCUGCACCUAGUCACCCAUCUUGUACUGCAGAUUCUCAACAGUUAACUGCAACAGCUCACAUUCAGCAAUAUUUUUCUACAGAUUCUCAACAACUAAAUGCAGAAGCAACUAGUCAUCCAUGUUACACUGCAGAGUCUCAACAACCAAAUGCAGAAGCACCUAGUCACCCAUAUUAUACUGCAAAUUAUCAUCAACCGCAUGUCAUUGAUGGUGCUGCACAGUUGAGACAGGAUACUUAUUCCGGGUCAAUGCAAGUGGCAGCUCCACAGGAUCAACUAAUGGGAUCACAAUACUAUCCGCAAUUGCCUCAACAGAUGCAUCAACCAAGCGAUAUUGCAUACAACUCUUACUCCAUGCCCUCAGCACCUUAUGGAUCUUUAGUAACUCAGCCAGAAGCUCCUCAAGCAACGGGGCACAAUCUAAAUGCUCCCACCUCGACCUAUUGUUAGUUAGUAGGUGCAAAUCAUGCAAUCAGCUCAUAAUAUGUUUUUUUGAGGAAGGCGCUGAACAUGAACGGGAACCAGUGUCGUCCACUUGUUAAGUUUGCAUGAAAAAUGUUACCUUUUCUUUAGGAAGCAGUUCUAACUCUGCCCAAAAUUGCGACUGGAAAAUGCAAAGUAAGAAUGAGAACCAGGCAACCAGUCAAUAGUUUUGCAGAUUUGCCCCCACGGGCGUCUUGAGUAGCCCAAAUAUUUGAUUUUGAAUAUGGUUGUUCAACUUUAUUAUGGGGUUUUUCUUAAGGGCUUAUUAAGGUC